AUGCUCAACUACUUCGGUCUCAACAAAAAAGCCUCCGACCAGAGCCGGACACCACCUGCCGAGGAGGAAGAGCGCGCUCUACCAGCAUCAUGGUAUCGUUCUUCGGCCAUGUACGAGUUGGAGCGGCGUGCCAUUUUCUCUCGCAAGUGGAUUCUGGUCACACAUAGUCUGAGAUUCCAAAAGCCUGGCGACUAUGUUUCUUUUACCGAGGCUGGAUUUUCAUUUUUUCUCAUCAAGGACCGUGAAAACAACAUCAAUGGUUUCCACAACAUUUGUCGCCACCGCGCAUUUCCUGUUGUGACCCAAGACUGCGGCAGCGCCAGCAUACUCUCAUGCAGAUACCACGGCUGGUCGUAUGGCUUCAAGGGAAAUCUGGCCAAGGCCCCCCGAUUCGACACCGUAGCUGAUUUCGACAAGACUCAGCAUGCUCUGCUUCCCGUAAACGUCCACAUUGACGCCAAGGGCUUCAUUUGGGUGAACCUCCAAGCUGGAAAGCCCGACGUUGCCUGGGAAGAUGACUUUGAGGGUGUUGAUAUUCAACCUCGCCUGACGCACUUUGAUCUCAUGCGAGACUACCGAUAUGACCACUCGUGGUCCAUGGAAGGCGACUACAAUUGGAAAACGCUGGCCGAUAAUUACAAUGAAUGCUAUCAUUGUGCAACGGGUCACCCAGGGGUAGCCGCUGUUGCAGACCUGUCAGUCUACAGGGUCGAGACCAAAGGGGGUCACAUUCAGCAUUGGAACAGGAACAAGGAUGAAAGCGACACGACAAUGAUUGUCUGCAGCAGCUUCCUGUUUCCCAAUGCUUGUUUUACUGUAACUGCCGACUUCUUCUACAUGAUGCGCUGCAUACCAGUCAGCAGCGGGAAAACCAAGAUGGAGUACGACGUCUUCCGCCGCAACGACACAACAGAUGAGGACUUUGCUAGAAUCAAUGACUUUUAUAAGCAAGUUCUCCAAGAGGACAAAGAUCUCUGCAACGGCACGCAGAAGAACCUGGAAGCCGGCAUCUUCAUCAACGGACAGCUGCACCCUGAAAAGGAAAAGGGACCGCUAUUCUUCCAGAAAACCGUACGUGAGCUGGUCAUGGCACAUCGUAAGCACGAAGAAACAUUGGGCCAUGACGUGUGGCCUGCAUCGCCUCAGCCAACGCAGGCAAUGAAGACGGGGAAAUUCAUGGAGGAGGAUGCUUUCUGUAUGAAGUUGGACGCCGAGGCAUGCAAAGGUACAUUAGAGCAACUAUCGUGGUAG